AUGAUGUUUGUUAAGCUCCAGUUGGAUUCCAUCUGUUUUCCUGUAGUUACCACUUGCGCUAAGACCACAUCCCCAAAUGUCGGCGUCUCCGUCCCCACGAAGGGCGGAGUUGCGGCCUCUAACUUUGAGGAAGUCGAACAGGCUUUGGAACUCGUAGAACAGAGAAUUGGGGAAACUUUGGAAACAGAAAGGGUCAACGGAGUUCGGAGAAAUAGGGAGAACCAGAAAUCAGGCGUUGUUCUGGGCUCUGAAUCAAAAAACCCAUAUAGAAGACAGAGGGGAGUUGCGCUGAACGGGUCUGUUAUUGGAAAAAGGAAGAAUCUUGGUGCAAAAUUGAACGGGUUAAAAAGUGAUGUUCCAUUGAGAAAAGCGCACACCAAGUGUUCGACGAAAUGGACCACUUACGGUGGUUGCAUCCCCUUCAUUCUUCAGGCUUUGGAAAGCGUAAAUGACUUGGACGAGGCGUUACGUCCUUGGGAGGAUACGCUCCGCAACAAAGAGUGGAGCAUAAUCUUGAAAGAGCAAUCGAAUUGGGAGAGAGCCUUCGAGAUUUUCGAGUGGUUCAAGAGCAAGAGAUGUUACGAGCUGAAUGUCAUCCAUUACAAUAUGAUGCUAAGAAUUCUCGGCAGUGACAAAAAGUGGAGCCUCCUUGAAUCUCUCUGCCAUGAAAUGGCCGUCAAAAGAAUUACACCCAUUAAUUCUACUUACGGCACUCUAAUUGAUUUCUAUAGUAAAGUUGGCCUCAAAGAGAAGGCGCUUUCUUGGUUGGAGAAGAUGAACCAGCAAGGAAUGUCACCUGAUGAAGUGACCAUGGGGAUAGUGCUGCAAAUGUACAAGAAGUCCGGUGAGUUUCAGAAAGUUUAA